CAGCAUCGGAGAUGCUGUAUUUCACCGCUAACGAAAAACACCGAGCUUCUGAUCCUCCUACUUUGACAAAGGAACCAGUGAACGCAUGGCAGGGGAAAAAAUAAAUAUAAUUUGCCCCUGGAAUGAAUGGGAGUUGCCCCCUAUCUGAUUUCCAAAGCUGGGCGAUAAACUGGUGAAGGAGCGCAUGCAGAACAAAUGAACAGCGCUUUCUUUCAAUGAGAGCAGAAGUGUUAAGACGCAGCAGUGACACCCUCCUGGAAAGAGCAGCAGUCGUAUGCACCCACAGAAAGCACAAAAUAACUAUUGUGGGGGUAAAUGGUCAAUAUUACAACUGUUACCACGGAAUACAUUCAAAAGAAACAGAUGCGAUUUUUUUUCCCCAUACGGUGCAGCUGGUCCGGCUCCGCUGGGGUGCUGUUAGGAUCGCUGUCGCUUGUGACUCGUUUCACUUUAACCACUGUCACUAGUUCUUUUUAAACACUUCGGAAUCCUGCACGGCUGUGGGAAGGAAUAUCGCUGCGGCGCAACCCGGGAAUGCCAUGUGUCGGGAAGCGGCAUAGAGGCGCAUUGUGGUGCGUUUUCCACCGGGGACAGGUGGUGCUGUGCGCGCCGGCGGGGGGAGAGAGGGCUAAGGACAUACAACCCCAGAGACAGUUGUCUUAAGGAUGUCACCCCGGCAUACGAGGAUCUGUUCGGGAAAGAGACAGGUGCGAUAGUGACAAGGAGUAGUUUACAAAAGGCACGAGUGGUCGAGGCGGCUGUGGAAUUGGGAUUGACGAGGACCCGAGAAAAAACCCCGUCUUUGAAUCGGCGUGCUGGAUUCUAGCAUAGGGGACGCAAGGAGAAGCCGGGCGCACCUUUUCCGAGGCAGUCAACGUGCCAGUGUCCUGCUGCCAUGACAACCAUGGCCCCUCCCUUCAUGUUGCUCUUUGUACUCAUCCGAUUGGCCAGCGGCACUUUUCCUGAGGAACCAGGACCUCUGCACUCUAUUCCCACAGAGGUGGUCAGGCCUUACCCUGUGUUUCUGGGCAGAGCGCAUCGUUCAUCACAGAGACAGGAGUCACUGCACAUACACAGAGUCCUCAAAGUCAACCGGACCCUGUACGUCGGAGCGAGAGAUGAUCUUUAUCGAGUGGAACUGGACAAUGUGGCUGGAGAUGAGAUGUUCUACAGCAAGAAGAGGACUUGGGAGUCCAACAAGAAUGACAUCAGAAUCUGCAGGAUGAAGGGGAAGCAUGAGGAUGAGUGCCGCAACUUCGUGAAGGUGCUGUUGAGCCGGCAUGGUGGCCUCUUCGUCUGUGGGACGAACGCCUUCAACCCCCUGUGCGCCAAUUACACCGGGGACACCUUGGAGAUGGUGGGGGAGACGAUCAGCGGGAUGGCACGAUGUCCCUACGACCCAAAGCACGCCAACGUGGCUCUUUUUGCCGAUGGAAGCCUGUUUACAGCCACGGUGACGGACUUCCUGGCCAUCGACGCGGUGAUAUACCGCAGCCUCGGGGAAAGCCCAGCCCUGCGCACAGUCAAACACGACUCCAAGUGGUUCCGGGAGCCCUACUUCGUCAGCGCAGUGGACUGGGGGUCACACAUCUACUUCUUCUUCAGAGAAAUGGCCAUGGAAUACAACUACCUGGAGAAGGUCAUGGUGUCUCGAGUGGCCCGGGUUUGCAAGGGGGACCUGGGCGGUUCCCAGCGGGUCCUGGAGAAGCAGUGGACCUCCUUCCUAAAGACUCGCCUCAACUGCUCCAUCCCAGGGGACUCGCACUUCUACUUCAACCUGCUGCAGUCCACCAGCCCCGUGCUGCGCAUGCAGGGACGGGACGUCAUCCUGGCCGUCUUCUCCACUCCGGCCAACAGUAUCCCCGGUUCGGCAGUCUGCGCCUUCGACAUGCAGCAGAUGGCAAGAGUGUUCGAGGGGAGAUUCAAGGAGCAGAAGUCCCCCGAGUCCAUCUGGACUCCGGUUCCGGAUGAGCUCGUCCCCAGACCCAGGCCGGGCGGCUGCGCCAUGCAGGGCUCCAGGUUCAACUCCUCCAACUCCUUCCCUGACGAGAUGCUGAAUUUUGUCAAGACUCAUCCUCUGAUGGAUGAAGCUGUUCCUUCACUGGGCCAGAGGCCCUGGAUCGUGAGGACCAUGGUCAGGUACCAGCUGACCAAGAUGGCGGUGGACACAGAGGCGGGGCCUCACCGGAACCGCACCGUCCUCUUCCUGGGCUCUAACAAAGGCACCGUCCUCAAAUUCCUGGUUGUCCCCAGCCGGGACAAUGCAGUGGGCACCAGCAACAUCUUUCUGGAGGAGCUGGAGGGGUACAACCCCGAAAAGUGCGGCGAUGGCGGCCCGCAAGCCCGCCACAUGCUCUCGCUCGCCCUGGACCGGCCCAGCCACUCGCUGCUGCUGGCCUUCCCGUCCUGUGUGGUGCGCGUCCCAGUGGCUCGCUGCCAGCUCUACUCCCGUUGCAUGAAGAACUGCAUCGCCUCGCGAGACCCCUAUUGUGGCUGGACUCGAGGCAGCACCUGCUCCUUCCUCAGACCUGGGACAAGACUGCCGUUCGAGCAAGAUGUCGAACAUGGGAACACGUCCCACCUGGGGGACUGCGACGGCCUUCUGCAGGAGAGUUUUGUGGAGGAGCCCGAGGGCCUGGUUUCCAUCAACCUGCUGGUCAUCUCUGCAGUGUCCGCGUUCGCCAUCGGGGCGGCGCUGUCGGGCCUAGUGGUGUGCUGGAUCAUGAGCCAUAAGCGGAGGCACCGCGCUCGAGGUGGAGCGGCCGGCUCUGGGGGCCGUCGCAAAGGAGACAAGGAGCAGGGCAUGCUGGGACAGGGCGGCAGCGGCUCUGUGAUGAGCGUGACGCGGACCGGGGCAGCUGAGAGGCCCGGUGCGCAGGCCGAGACUUUGUUCGUGAUGCCCAACGGCUGGACCCAAGCCGGGGACAUGGAUCCUGGCCUGCUGCCUACGCCGGAGCAGACCCCCCUGCAGCAGAAACGCCCCACGCCGAGCCUGCGGCACUCUGAUUCGGGGUGGGAGCAGAGCCAGACUUUCCUCAACGCAGCCGGCACCCCCUGCCCGCCCGGCUCCUCCGUGAUCUACCUGAGUACCAAGAUGCUGCAAGGUGGCGGGGGCAGACAUGAAGACCCAGGGGAGCCCCCCCAGGUUGCCGAGCGCCAGCAUUACCUCUCGCUGGCUGCACAUCGCGAGCAGGUGGGCCGCACCGGUGCUCCCCUGCGCAAUUCCGCGGGUGAGUACUACCCGGCCACCCCCCAGGACUCCCCCGACCGCCGGAGGGUGGUCUCAGCCCCAAACACUCAAAUGGACUUUGGGGAAUCCCUGCGCUGGGCCCCGGAAGGCCUCAACUAUAAUAGCAACAACGGGACACCCUCAUCCAGCCACCCGCCCCCGGGCCCCCGCCUCCCCUCUGGCCUGGUGCGCUCCAGCCUCCACACCCAGCGGGGGCUCAGCGACCUGGCCGACUUCAACCACCUCCUGGGCAAGAGCGUGAGGGAGCGGACACCCACGGGCCAAUGAGGGGUGGGCUCCAUCCAGAGUGCCAGAAAACCCCCCCCUGACUGCCAUCUCCCCUAGCAACCGGAAGUCUCCCCAGACUCCCCUCCCCCUCCCACACCCCCACCAUGUUCUGUUCCCCCUCGCUGUCAUUCAACAUUGUGACACGUAUUGGUGACUGACCCUCUGCAACCGUGAUUCUUGGGUCUGUGAGGUUCUGGGGCGGGGUUGGGGGGGGGGGUUCACAGCUAGCGCCCGACACGCCACAGGAUGGGGGAAGGAGAGGCAGGAGGGAGGUGCAAUCCGUGAAGAAUCUGAGAACUGCGUCUGUGACGAUUUAGCACCCUGCUCCAGUCGUGAAAGCUCUCACCGACGACAGAACUUUUUUCAGGAUGUGAAGCCCUCUUCUGGGCGGCUGCUGUGCCAGCCGGCGCCCGCCCACCUCCCAGACGGGUAUGAGACACGCCAGAGGAUGUUUCUUUCCGCUGGCUUACGGACGGGAAACGCCAGCAAGCGCAUGAUGGCCUGUCAACGCUGGAGAACACUGAGGUUUCUCAAAGGAAAAAAAAAAACAUGCCGUUAUUGGUUCAGCGCAAUAUUCCGUUAUGGAGGCAGCCUCUGGGAAGUCGCCACACUCAUUACUGUGUCUUAUAAGCUUUUCUGCAAAUGGCACUGACUGCCAGCAGGGGGCAGAGCGGCGGCAGUCAACCCAGACAGUAUGAGGACUGAGGGGCAGGUUGGGUGGUGGGAAGGAGAGUUGGGGUAUGGGAUGGGGGGUUAUAUCUGAGUGGGUUGGGCAUGGGGGUGGAAGAUCUCACACAGGACCUGCCCCCCCCCCGAGACUAAUCACUGAACUCCGAGAUUGCUCUGACAUAAGGGGUUCAAAUUGGAGGGGGGGCAGCCCCCCCCCCCUGCUCCAUGCCAUGUAAGAAAUAGAGCCUCCUCCCAUCCCAGUGGGGGCUUUUCCUGGCGUGGGGGGCCUUGUCCUAGGGGGGUGGCCACACUGUUACUUGAGGCACAUUCUCUGACACUGUGAUUGGCAGCCCGGUCCUGGGUUCAGCUCAGCCAUAGUGUAGGCGAUCUCCUCCACACAUCCCUGCACCCCCCCACACUGGAAAUGCUGUUAACUGGUUGGUGUGAUUCACAGUUGGGGGGUGGGUCUUCAGCAUCGCCAUCCUAGUAGCCAGAGAGUAGCUGCUGUGUGUGUGUGUGGGGGGGGGGCACUGCUGUAGAUAGGGUGGCUGGGCUGUUUUAGUAGAUAAUGACUGGGUCACCCCCAUUUUGGAUGGCAGUAAAACAAACAUUAACAUUACGGGAGCCUCUUAAGAAACGGGGGAGCAGAGGCAAAUGGGGGGGCUGGAUAUCACCAGCAGAGCAGCAGAAUGAAGAAGUCUGGUGGGAGUUUUGUUUGUCUUAAUGUAAUGGGCUGAACCACUGAGGGAGAGUGACAAAGGAGGAGAUUAAUGAGGUGCAAAUGUGUAAUCUGCAGAAUGUACCCUAAUGAGUGGCUGUGCAUGGCCCCUCGCAUCGGUGUGGGACAGCUUUCUGGGUGGGGUCACACAGUUACAUGGCAUCAGCACACUGCACACUUUGCACGUUCCAGACCAGUUAUCUACAACCCCCCCCCCCCCCCCAAAUACACAUUGGUUCGAUCCGGGAGCACCCUGCCCUCUCCAUUGGCCAUCUCUUCUGUGCUGUGUAAAUUAGCGCUCUCCUGCUUGCUUGCCUGCCAGCUGCUGGCAGCCUCCACUGCACCACUGCGCCCAGUGCGCUCCAGCGGGCAGGGAGGUUCCUGGGCCACCAGUGGGAGGAUGGGGGCCCAGUGAAGGACAUGGGGUGGGACGCUUAUCCACGUCCGUGGUCCCCUGGACAGAAUCGCAGCUGUACCUGCAUGGAUUACAGGUAGCAGCGGGGAAUGUGGGGGGGGGGGGGGGGGCACGGCCUGGAACAAUGGUAGUGAGGCGGAGCUCCGGACAGAAUUGUCAGUACGGUCCCCAGCAUCUCGCUCAUGGCCUUUUUGCAUUUACAAUCACUUUUAUUGAACAGAAAGUUCUCUGUGCCACAUGUUAGUGCCAAACUGCCCAAUUUAUACAGGAUACAACCUAGGGGUGCCAAUCCACAUGGCGUGACUGUGCAGGGACGCCCCAGACAUUGCUGUGAAGUGCUGUGAACUGCAUCCUUUCUGUGACGUACGAAACAUCUCUGUGUGCACUGCUGUGAUCCUCCAAUGUGCUCAGUUCUUUCACAGCUUUUUCAUAAUUUCUUCUUUUUUUCUUUUUAGCGGUUAAAAAAAAAAUGGCAUCCAUUUCAUUGCCCCCUUCCAAAUUCCGCCCACAAAUUAGAUGCUAUUUUUAUGAAUACCGUGUACAGAGUGAUAGAGAGAAUGACAUUGUGUGUUGACUUUUAUUUCUGUAGCGUAGAGAUUUUAUGUCCCCAGCCAGAAACUGCCACCGUGAAAUACAAAGGAGAACACUCAAACCAAAAAAAAGGAGAGAAAUAAUAUAUAUAUAAUUUAAAGUCAGAUUGUACUGCGGACCCAUUUCAUCUACUACUGUAUAAAACACAAAAAAAUAAGCACAAUGUUUUUUUGCAUUUUGUAAAGUUGUAGAGAAAAUAUAUUAGCCACCAUCGGUUAUUCUUGUCACAUUUUCCGUUGGUUUGUUUUGAUGGUGAUAGAUGUUUCGGUUUGUGUUUAAAGUAUCUGAUUUCUUUUGCUCUUUGACGUGUGCGUUUCAUUGGCCAACAGGAUGCCAGUAUUAACUUAGCCCUUCGGGUAAAGGCAGUGUCAAGACUGUUUGUUUUUUUUUGUUGUUGUUGUUGUUACUGGAAGGGGGCGGGGCCAAAUGGAGAGCUUGAGCAGAGCGCAGCCUCUGCCUGCCGUGACAGACCGCCGCUUCUUCCCACUCAGGAGGAACUUGCCCCAAUGGCGAAAAAGGGCCACGUGGUCAUGUGACUACACGCACGCUCGCCCCCACCUGUACAUAAUGUACACAAUGCCUAAUGUGUGAAAAGGCAGCAUGACCCGGUUUCCCUGUGUACCAAAAACCGUCUGUGACUUCGUGCCUGCGAGCAAGUUAGUGUGCCCGACAGCCUACCGACAGGCAGAUGCGUGAGCGCGCAAGAUCGCGCGGCACCGACACGUACGGCGAGCACGAGCAGAAGGGGAGUACCAAGCGGGUGCACACUUUAUAACAGUGAACACUGUUUUCUUCCUGUCCGUAGACCUGUGCCAGUCUGUCACUCAGCAUGGAGACCCCGCUCUCUGUCACUUUUCUUAUUCUAAUAAACCAUCCAAACACUGA